CCAUUCGCCCGCGGGGACUGCUGAUGGUGAGGGCUGGGUGGGCCUGGGAGUCAGGAUCCAGGAGGCAGAGGAGAAGCAGGUUGCCCAGCCAUGGCCAGACUACCCGCCCCAGGCUCAGUGAUUGUCCCAGACUGGCACGAGAGCACCGAGGGCAAGGAGUACCUGGCCUGCAUCCUGCGCAAGAACCGCCGGCGGGUGUUUGGGCUGCUCGAGCGACCAGUGCUGCCCCCGCCUGUGGCCAUUGACACCGCCAGCUACAAGAUCUUUGUGUCUGGGAAGAGUGGUGUGGGCAAGACAGCGCUGGUGGCCAAGCUGGCUGGCCUGGAGGUGCCCGUGGUGCACCACGAGACCACUGGCAUCCAGACCACCGUGGUAUUUUGGCCGGCCAAGCUGCAGGCCAGCGACCGUGUUGUCAUGUUCCGCUUUGAGUUCUGGGACUGCGGGGAGUCUGCGCUCAAAAAGUUUGAUCACAUGCUGCCGGCUUGCCAGGAGAAAACAGAUGCUUUCCUCUUCCUCUUCUCCUUCACUGACCGUGCCUCCUUUGAAGACCUCCCUGGACAGCUGGCCCGAGUAGCAGGCGAGGCCCCUGGUGUGGUCAGGAUGGUCAUUGGCUCCAAAUUUGACCAGUAUAUGCACACGGACGUGCCUGAGCGUGACCUCACAGCCUUCCGGCAGGCCUGGGAGCUGCCCCUCCUGCGGGUGAAGAGUGUGCCAGGGCGACGGCUGGCAGAUGGACGCACGCUGGAUGGGCGGGCUGGGCUGGCCGAUAUUGCCCACGUGCUCAACGGCCUGGCAGAGCAGUUGUGGCACCAGGACCAGGUGGCAGCUGGCCUGCUCCCCAACCCCCCAGAGGACCCCCCCAGCUGAGGGGGUGGUGGCAUGAUGAGUGGGCACUCCCCACCCUCAGGUGACCCAGAGCAGGACCCAGGGCCCAAGGCUGGGACAGGAACAUUGAUCUCAUCCCAAGGACUGGCCAGAGGGUCCUAGUCAGGGAGAAUGGUGGCCUGAGAAGGCUCCUGGCCCCAGAGCACUUUCCUUGUGGAAUUCUUGGCAGUGAAGUGGGGCACAAGGCUCGGUAGGGCAGCCGUCUGAGGGCAUCUGGCUGUCCUCUGGCCUCCUAUCUCUGUCCCAGGAGUCUGGGUUUCUGGAAACUGACGAACUGUAUGCGCAAGGCCUGAGGGUUCAAGCAUCUCCCCAGCCUCCCCUUUUCCUUCCCCCUUCUGCAGCAACCAUGGAGUGUGACUGGGGAGAGGGGGUGCCUCAGCUGGGCCCUGGACCUCAAGUGACUUCAGUCAGAGCCUGUAUGUGUUAGUUGAGGUAACACCGUCUGCUGUACCAGGUAAACCCUGAACUCUCAGUGGCUUAACUUAAUAAAAGUUUUUUUCUUUCUAUGUCUCACCUCAGGUGGAGGUGAAGGUGGGUGUGGAGCCUCUGCUCUAUACACUGAUUCAGAGACCCAGGCUCUGACAUCUUCAAUGAGUUUCUUCCCAGUUUGUCCUGGGGCAUCAACAUCCAGUCAGUAGACGGGAUGAGUGCAGGUGGAAGGUCCCCCAGCAGGUUUCUAUGGACCUGGCCUAGGACGGUGUGCCUCAUUUCUGCCCACAUUCCAUUGGCCAGCACCUAGUCACAUGGUCACACAGAGCAGCGGGGGAAGUUGGGAAAUGUAGUCCACCUGUGUGUCCAGGAGGCAAGCACCUCACUCUGGAAUUCCUUUUUUUGACCAUGAAGCUGUCAAGCUAUGCUUAGGACAGGGGCCCUGCCAGCCUGGGGGAACCAGAAAGUAUCACUGGGCAGGGACUGGGCCAGGUGGGGGGUUAGGGCAUGAGCUGGCAGGAGGCCAGCAAGGACAGGAGCAGGAAGCUGAGUGACCUUGUGCCCUUGCCCCAUCAGCCAGACACUAGUGAAUGCGGGCUAGAGUUGUAGGCACCUGCGGGCAGGUGCCUACAAAGCCGGCCUUUAUACUUUCUUUCCCUCCCUGGUGACACCCUCUCCAGCCCCAUAGAUGGACCCCUGGGCGGAGAGCCGGCCUGAGUCUGACCCAGCUGGAAGGGCCCUGGAUGCCCACGUCAGCCAGCUGACCCUCAGAGCCCCCUCUCGAGAAAGCAGCUCUGAACACUCCACAUUCACACGCAUGAUCAUGUGCCCACACACACCAGUACUCGCCCUAAAAUGCUGCCCCACUUCUCCCUCCUGGCACACACAGGAGGCUCCUGCAUGCUCUCCCUGGUUUACACUCCUACGCUUACUGAUGGCCUGCAUGGCACUGCUUGUCAGUCUGUCCACCCUGUGCACUGCCUGUAGGUUUGUCAACCUUUCCAGGGCCUAAAGCAUUGAUUUUAGCACCUUCUUACCCCCAACUCAGGUUCAGAGCUGAGACCUGAGCUUAGCCCAUGUCCCAGAGGAGGAAUGUUGCUGGGCAGAACCCAAGGCUCACAGCCUGCACAGCCCACCGGCCGACUCCUGCUCCCCGGCCACAGAGUGUCCCACUGCUGCCUUCAGCUCUGCUUUGGCCCAUUUCCCUCUGUUCUUAGCUCCGGGAGACCUUACCCACCAGGCAGAGCAAGGCAGGACCCAGCAAAGGUGGCCUCUGGGCUGGAAUGUGACCUUCCAGCUAUGGAUACCCGUGUGUGUUGUGGGCACUAGCUACCCCACGUCCCAGCCAGUUAUCUCAGGCCUAAAGCUUCAGCAUCCUUCUUGGGCACCGGCUCAGCCAAGAGCCAGAGGUUGCUCUGGAGAAAUAACCUAGAUCCUCCCCACAGCAGAGCAGGGCACUGGUUGGCACUGGUUAGCACUGCUCCAGUCAGAGACUUGACCCCUCACCCACUUUCACCCCAAACCAAGAGGUAAACAAUUCCCUUCUCUCUGAGUAAGAGCAAAGUGGGGACCACAACGAUGCUAAGACUUGGGGCCGGCCACCUGCCAUCCCAGCGCUGCUUUUUCAGCCCCUCAGAGCCCAGGCCCAGUGCCACUUUAGUAUUUCGUAGGCUACCCCCUUAGAGGCCUCCACCGAAGUGCAGAGAACUGGAAGCCCGAGGGAGGAGGGAGCUGCAGAGCCAUAAUUCUCCUAAUAGCUGGUGGCUGCAGAGUGGACUCUGGGCAGGGUCGUGGAGAGCGAAUGAGAAGAGAAUGUGCGCGCGCGCGCGCACACACAUAGACACACACACACGCACCCCACACACACCCUCCCCCCCACACACACACACACACGGACUCAGGCUGGCUUUGUGGGCCUGGCACCUGAGCAGUCCACAGGGCCCUACACUGGGGGGCCCACACCUGGUUUAAUGCUCUGCUGUUGCCAUCUUGAAAUCCUUAAUAAUUUUUCAAUAGUUUUCCACUGGACACCACCAAUCACGUGGUAGGUCCUGCACAGGAGAGGGUCCAGACUCCAGAUAA